AACAUCGCAGUUUCGAAAGUUCAAUUUCGCAUGGCGGACGUGCAAGUGAACUCUGUUAUUUGUUGGUGAUAAUUUCAUUUAUUAUCUCGUUGUGAUUCCCUAUGGAAGGACUAAUACUAAUGCUUCUUUUUCUUUGUGGACGUGCAUUAUUCAUUCCUUAACAUUAGAUGAUGUUAAAUUAUUAUUUAUAGUAGCAAUUUGUGUGAACUGCAUAGUGUUUCUCGAAAAUGGGAAAAUGUGACGAAGGUAACGUCGAAGUUAGCAUGGGGGACUCGGCGUCCCCUAUGAAACCGGAUAAUUUCUCAUUUACACCUCCUCCGGAGGCCCCAGUGUUUGAACCAACGCCAGAAGAGUUCCUGGACCCCCUGGCGUACAUCAGUAAAAUAAGACCAAUCGCUGAGAAAUCGGGCAUUUGCAAGAUUAAACCUCCAGCGCACUGGCAACCCCCAUUCGCUGUUGAUGUCGACCGAUUACGGUUCACACCUCGGAUACAGAGACUCAAUGAGUUAGAGGCAAUAACGCGAGUAAAACUCAACUUCCUGGACCAGAUAAUAAAGUUCUGGGAACUACAGGGCUCAGUGCUAAAGAUACCCACAGUGGAGAGGAAGCCACUCGAUCUUUAUGCACUGCACAAGAUUGUCAAAGAAGCAGGCGGCUUCGAAGUAUGCUCAGCGGAGCGCAAAUGGUCGAAGGUGGCGCGGCGGAUGGGCUUCCCCCAGGGCAAGGGGAUCGGCUCCAUCCUCAAGAACCACUACGAGAAGAUACUCUACAGAUACGACGUCUUCAAGAGUAAUGGAACUGACAAUAAAGAGACUGUAAGUUUAUCUUUACUACAGAUUUCUGACGACUUUGUUUUUUCUUUCUGAUUUAGUGAGUGGCCA